AUGGUGGAGAGGAGGAAGAGGAAGCCGCUGGUGCUUUCUUCCACUCGAGCUAUUCUGAAUUCGUUGCUUAAUCCUCGAGAAACCGCCGAUGAAUCGGACGAAAUUGACGAAAUCUCCGCCGGUCCCCGCGCCCGGACGCCGGCCGGAAUUCUCAGAGUUUCCGAGGGCGCAACGGUCGGUUCAGUUGAUGCUUCUGUUUUGGUUGGGCUGUCGACUGCUAUGCUCAAACGAUUGUCUAUUACUUCCGGGUCGCUGCUGCUCAUCAAGAACAUGGAUGGCAAUGUAAGUAAAGUUGGACAAGCAGUGGUCUUGGAUCCUCCGAGUCAGUGUGAAAGCCCCUCAGAAGGAGAGUCGAUUUGUGCUCGUGUCCCUAACACAAUGUUGGUCUUUCCUUCGUAUCCUUACCCUCAAAACCAUUCGGCAGCUUUAGAUCCCCAAGUGGCUUAUUUAUCUCCUAUUCUAGCGUUUAACUUGAAUCUGCACCUGUCGUGCUUGAAAUCUGUCGUGCAGAAGGGGAAAGAGACACUGCCGUAUUUUUUCGAAACGAAAGCUGAUGGCGAAAUAAAUGGGAAUGAAAGAAAACUACCUUCGGUUAGUGUCGAGAUUCAAUCUUACGGAGAGCUUCCUAAGUACGCGUCACAUUUGAGAGCUACUUUUGUGAAGGUACCUGAAUGCGGCACUCUUGAACGUCUGAAAACCCGUUCAUCAGAUGAAGCAAAAGAUCGUCAGGAGCUGAUAGAUUUGGAGUUAAACGAUUACUUUUCAGUCGAUAGAUAUCUCUCCAGUGGUGACCUCUUCAGUAUAAGCAUAAAUUGGAACUGCAAAUCCGAAAUGUGCAUCCUCUGCAGCCGAAAUAUGCUACACAAUACUCGUGACAUAAUAUACUUCAAGGUGGCAGCUAUGGAACCAUCAGAGGAACCUGUGCUGAGAGUCAACCGAAGCCAAACUGCUCUCGUUCUUGGAGGGGCCUCACCAUGUGCUGUUCCUCCCGAUCCUUUAAUCCCAAGGUCAAAAAAUAUUACUCCUUUACAAGAAGAUGCUGUGCUGGCUAUAGCCUCUGUAUUAGCACCAGCUUUAUGUCCAUCAGCCUUCACCUCCAAAUUCAGGGUCUCUAUUCUGUUACAUGGUGCUCCUGGUUGUGGGAAGAGAACUGUGAUUAAGUGUGUUGCUCGUCAUUUGGGAUUGCAUGUGGUCGAAUAUAGUUGUCAUAAUUUUGUGACAUCUUCUGAAAAGAAAACAUCUAUUGCUCUAGCAGAAGCCUUUAAUACUGCUCGAAGGUAUUGUCCAACAAUUCUUCUUCUCCGUCGUUUUGAGGUUUUCCGUAAUCUAGCUGCUCAAGAGGGAUCUUCUCAUGAGCAGGCUGGAGUUAAUGCCGAAGUUGCUUCCGUUAUCAAGCAGUUCACUGAGCCAAUAAUACACGAUGAAGAAGACUACGUUGAAGAAAACUUACACGGUGAUUCUAUUUCAAUCGAGGAUCUCAUAAAGGAUAUAGUUGGACAGACGUCGGGUUUCACUCCCAGGGACCUACGUGCUCUAAUUGCUGAUGCUGGUGCAAAUUUAAUAAUACCCAAGAAUGAGAAGAUGGAUCCUGAAAAGUCGAAGCAUUUCUCAGUUGACUCUGAUUCGACUUAUGCUAGUAGCAAAAUAAAUGAUGCACCUACAGAUGAUGGUAAAGAAAACCUAAUCAAAGCACUAGAACGAUCAAAGAAGAGAAAUGCAUCAGCUCUAGGGACUCCAAAGGUACCCAACGUGAAAUGGGACGAUGUUGGUGGGCUUGAGGAUGUAAAAAAAUCGAUUUUGGACACCAUUCAGCUUCCUCUCAUUCAUAAAGAUUUAUUUUCAUCUGGAUUGCGUAAGCGAUCUGGGGUUCUUCUUUAUGGUCCUCCAGGAACUGGAAAAACUUUACUAGCAAAAGCUGUUGCUACAGAAUGCUCCUUGAAUUUCUUGAGUGUUAAAGGACCCGAGUUGAUCAACAUGUACAUAGGUGAGUCAGAGAAGAAUGUACGGGACAUUUUUCAGAAGGCUCGAGCAGCUCGUCCAUGUGUUAUAUUCUUUGAUGAACUCGAUUCGCUUGCCCCUGCCCGAGGUGCCUCUGGAGAUUCUGGUGGUGUUAUGGAUAGAGUCGUUUCUCAGAUGCUUGCAGAAAUUGAUGGCCUUAAUGAUUCUUCCCAGGAUCUGUUUAUAAUAGGAGCUAGCAACCGACCAGAUCUUAUUGACCCGGCCCUCUUGCGGCCGGGCAGAUUUGACAAGCUCCUUUAUGUUGGUGUUAAUUCUGAAGCAUCUUAUAGAGAGAGGGUACUCAAAGCACUCACUCGGAAGUUUAAAUUGCACGAGGAUGUGUCAUUAUACGAGAUUGCACAGAAAUGCCCGAUAAAUUUUACUGGCGCUGAUAUGUAUGCACUAUGUGCCGAUGCUUGGUUUCACGCUGCAAAACGCAAAGCAUCAUAUGAAGAUUCAGAACGGGGAUCGACAGACAAAUCUGAUGCCGUCGUAGUUGAAUAUGAGGAUUUUGUUGAGGUACUAAGGGACCUAUCUCCUUCACUAUCAAUGGCAGAGCUCAAAAAAUACGAGAAGCUGCGUGAUCAGAUUCAAGGGUCGUCAAAAUAA